AAAAACUGUUCGUGGUUUUAUAUAUGUAUAUCAUCAAUUUUGAUACAUAUGCGUGAAACCACUUACUUUGUAGAAUAAUUUGAAAAAUAAGAUUAGUACUUGGCUUUUUCCAAUUGAUAUAUAUAGUUCAAAAAGCAGUGUGUAUACAUUUACAUGCGACCUCGUACGUCGAAUUCAAUGGUGGUCAGUUUCCUACAUGUCAGCGUAUAAUUUAGCACGUGGGUUUAUUGAUUGGUUCCGUGUCGGAGAUCUGGCGUCAGUCCUAGCUUUGGUUGUAGCUAAGUCAUUUUAACGAAGGUCCGGGAGUUUACUGAUAUCUGUUGUAGAAAUUAGACGUAGCUUUAGGGCUAUAUUGUUUUGAUUUCUGAAGAAUGCCCACGCUCGAAAGCCAGACCAUUCCUUCAGAAACUUUAGCGUUAGACCAAAGUAUCGGUAAAAGAAUGGAUAGUACUAUUACUACUUCUGUAAACCUUGUUAAGAGUGAGAGUAAUUCCGACAGAGAGAGUGAAAAAUCAUCGUUACUUUCAAGCAAAACUUCUCCAGGUGCUUGUGAUUCAGAGACUGCAAAGGACAGUGGUACAGAGAAGAAAAAAGAAGAAAAGGAUGAAGAAGAAUGUAACCACGAUCGGGAAGAGGAACAUGAAGAUCUCGGCUUUGAUGCCAACAGCUAUCAAGCUGAAACUGUAGACUUUCCUGAGAGUCCACAGCACUUAAAACUCCUAAAGCAAAAGACUCGAGAGGCUCAGGGUUUGGGUCCUGAUGAUGAUGAUUUAACACAGAAUUUAAGUAGAAAAGAUUCAGUACCGUCCACCGAUGAGCAACUUUCAAGACAAGAGCGUCCAUUAAGUCUUUCAACUGUGAGGAAAAAGAAGAUAUCAGUUCAUCCAGAUAUUCUUGGCUCAGAUAACAAUGAUGAUGAUCAAAGGAGUAUUUCAUCAGUCAGCAACAAAAGUGAUGCAGAUGUGAUGUCACCUGUUGAGGACUUCACUGGAGACGAUAUGGAUACCCCUGAUGACUUGGAUGACUCUGUUCUAGAACGUACAGCAAGUGAUUCAAUUCCUGAACUGUCAGCCGCUGAGGAGAUGGAUGGUGAAAGAAACUGGCAGACUUGUACAGUUGGUGGUGUAGAAAGGAAAAUUGAUGUCAAAGUUAUUGAACCGUAUAGAAAAGUCAUGUCUCACGGAGGUUACUAUGGCACAAAUAGAAAUGCUAUAAUAGUGUUCAGUGCUUGUUACCUUCCUGACCGUAGCCGGAGAGAUUAUGAUUAUGUUAUGGAUAAUUUAUUUUUGUAUGUUCUCUCCACAUUGGAUCAGCUAAUAGCAGACGACUAUAUUUUGGUUUACCUUCAUGGGGCCACUCAGCGAAGUAACAUGCCCGGGUUUGGUUGGCUUAAGAGGUGCUACCAUAUGAUAGACAGGAGGUUAAGGAAGAAUUUAAAAGGUCUCUACCUUGUUCACCCAACGUUCUGGGUAAAAACUAUUGUCAUCAUGACCAGACCAUUUAUUAGUUCGAAAUUCAGCCGGAAGUUACAGUUUGUGAACAACUUGAAAGAGUUAUCGGAGUUAAUUCCUAUGGAUCACGUGUGCAUUCCCGAUAAAGUCAAACAAUUUGAUGAGGAAAAGGCACUGGAAGCCUAACACUAUCCUUAGACUAAAGAGUGGAGUUUGAAAACAUGAUUCGAGAAAAGAAGAAACAACUAAAGAACAGGAAAGUGGGUCCUCGACCAAAUUACACUAAUCAGUGGUAAUAUUUUCUACAAGAAAUUAAUUUUUUUUUUCUUGUUGUUCAUAUUUCACAGAGAAAACGUAGAAAGGUAAAUAUUGUAAAUACGAGUAGGUAAUAUAAUUUAUUGUGUAAUAGUGAUAUUUUAACUAGUAAAUACCAUUCAUAUUACAAAAUCUGUUGAAAGUUAAAAACUGCACAUAAAAGUCUUACAAUAAGAUGAGAAAAUCUGUUUAGGGCAAAAAAACAAAUGAUAAAUUAUAAAAUGAAGAAAUAUCAACUCGUUUCUUUGAUAAAUGAUACAACAAGAAUAUUUUAUGUGAAAUUUGUAAAGUUGGGUUGAAUGACAUCUAUGUUAGUUUAAUUCUAAAUUGAUGUUAUCAAGAAUGUAAUGCAAAAUUAUAAUAUAUGCAGCAACAAAACUAGAAUAAGUACUGUAUGGAGAGCAUAGUGGUGAAAAAGUGCAUGUGUAGCAUGUAAUGACCAAAAAAUUGGGACUUUAGUAAGGUUGAGAAGAAACAAAAUUAAAUUAUGAAAUUAUUUUAAAGUUAAACAUACAGGCAAGCUGCAUCAAUCCUUGGAGCCAAAACAAUUCACAAACAUUAAUUAUGCAAGUGUAAGUUUUAUUAAUUUUAGUUAUGUUACAUCAGAAUUAUGGUAAGGACUUUUAGCACUUUAUUUAUUUAUUUAUUUUAACACCAAAUUAUUUAUUAUAUCUAAACAGUUGCUGAACACACUAAAAGGACUAUACAUGAAAUUUAUUCGUGCUUUCUGACCUCGAUUUUUUUUACCUUUUCAUGUACAGUUGUAACAUGACCGAAGGUUUUGUAGAUUAACGUUCUCCUCGCUCGGCGAGAGUGGCAUAACCAUACAUUCUUCUUUGUUGGGGGGUAUAAGUAAUUAGUUAAAUUUCAUGUAAUAAAAUCACUAACUGUUUUUUCUUACAUUUAAAUUUGGAUGAGCAAAACCUACCUUUGAGUAAAACUUGGAAUGUUAAGUUAUUUCAUUUGUUUUAGUCAGCAAUUUUGAUACUGCACACACCUGUUUUAGCAAUGUUUGUAUAUCUAUAUAUUUAUUUUCAUUUAAUUUAUUUGUUGCCUAUAUUAUUUAUCCAUCUUUCUGCUUUAGAUUACUAAAGCUUAUUGCACUAACACACGGAGAAAUUAUGGCCUUAAUAAUCUUGUAGUUUCCCCCUUUUUGCUUCAUACAGUUAGACAGAAAAGAAAAUGUAUAUGUAUCUAUAAACAUUUAAGAGACCAAUCCAAUAGAUUUAUUGGACGUACAUUGUUUUACUCAUCCUUUUUAUUUAAAAAAAUUGAAAGUUAAUAUUAAGAAGCAUUAUGUAAUGUUAACGACUGAUGAAUAGUAAAGUUAUUGUUUGUUUCUUAAAGCUGUGAUUGGCGUCUCACAGUAGAGAUUACAAUAUAGAGGAUGUGUAAAUUGUAUUUUAAACAUUAGCAUAUGUUUUAACCCUAGUCAUGUUUGUUAUUAGUCUUCAAAGUGCUAGUGUGUGUGUGUAGUAUUUACUCAGUAGGACUGUUAUACGUUUUUGUAAUGUUAACAUGAAAGUGGAAGUACAGACUGGGAAACCAAUGUUUAAGUAAAAUAUUCUCUACAACUAUUUCUUAAUAAACAUGGUUUUGCACAGUAACAAAAAUUCAAGCAUGUAAAAAUUAAAUAUUUAUUUUUAAUGUAGCAGUUAAAUUAUCACUAUAGCUUUAUUUUAUGUCAUGUAUGUUUGGAUCAUGUGCUGGGCCAUGUAUCUCUUUUAACCAGACUGAAAAGUCAUUAAAAAAACACAAAUUAACUUCAACUCGGUUUCUCAGUGUAUUUAUACAAAAUUCAGUGUGGCUCCACAGCCAAUUUUUUUAUAUAACUUAAUUCUUAUACCAAAGAUUACAUAAUAUAUGUGGGGGGGGUCUUUAUUUCAUUAUAAAUAAAAAAAAUUAUAUGAAAAUACAAUUAAGAAGCAUCAUACUAAGAAAACAUUACUUCAAAUUCGAAAAACAAAAAAUUAGCCAUUUAAAUUUACAUAUUUGGAGAGUAGUAAUAAUUAUCAUCUACUUGUAGAAUGUAACUAUGUAAAAAAAAUGUGUACUGAUACAUAUCUGAACUCUAGUAGUAGACAUUAGAUUUUGUGAACUUCAUAUUUUACUGUAUUUUUCAUCUUUUUUUUUGUUGUUCUAAAUACAUAUGGUUUAAGUUUUAAGAGAAAAGUUACGUUAAGUCAGUUACUGCAUAACAAGUAGAUGGCAUAAUAGAAUUUAGAUAAUGUGAAUUUUUAUUAUAAGUUUGUUAAUAAAAAUGGAGUAUCUACAGUGCUUUUAAAUGUUAUCUAUCAAUAAAAUUUUGUAACUAUAACAGUUUCAUCAUCUUUACAUGUUGUUACUGUAAACAUUUUUUCAGUUGUAUUUGUCAUACAGAAAGAAUAUUGUAUGUGUAACCGUGUAUGUACUCAGAUGUUUAGUCUUUCACAAUUAUGAACGGCUGGAAGUGUGUGUGUGUGUGUGUGUAUAUACAUAUACACGUGAGAUACUACUUGCCUAUUAGUAAACGUGUUAUUUCUGUGACUCCGUCUUAAGAACCAUUGCCACAAAUUGUAAAUCUGAACUUGUGUGUGUAGUGUAUAUAUAUAUAUAUAUAUAUAUACUACAUGUAUGUUUAAAAGUAUUACAGAGAAGAGGGAGGAAGGGGCUCUGUUUAAAAAAUUUGAGACUUACUGAUUUGCAGCAUAGAAUCAAGCCAAUUUCUACAGAGGUUGUGUAACCAAACAGUACCUAAGAUUGGUUUAGUAAAUUUGUGAAGAUAAAAAUAUAAAAGAAUAUCAGAAGAUGAGAAUUUUUGUCAUUAUGAAUGUUAAACCUGACAAAAUAUAAAAUGAAACAGUGCAGGGUUGUGAAAUGGCCAGUGCAAAUAUUUACAAAUUUCGUUAUUAAGUUGUGUUGAAAUUAUUAAGUGAUUUCACUAAAAAAUUAAAUUUAAUAAGGAAAAGUAUUUUAAGCUUAAAGCAAGGAAAAUUCAAGUAUAAGAGCAUAAAAUAGUAGCAUAAUUUAGUUUUAUGUAUAAAUUUGAAUAAUGUUUUAUUCUUUCAUCUACCAUCCAAAUAUAGCCAGUUACAUCUACUGUGUUAUUUCUGUGGUUUGUUCUUACGCAUUCUAUGCUCAAACUUAUUAUGUCACACUGUCAUGUGAUACUUGGAAAGUUUCAGUUAGGGUUUACACUGCUGCCAUGGCAAAAAAAGACUGACCACUCUAUAGUGUAGAAACAAAAUUUCAUCUCCGCAUUCAAGCAAUUUCAAGUACUUGUUUGAUGUGGUGAGAUUGUUGGACAGGUUGUUUUGUUUAUUAAAAAAAAUUGUUUAAAUUAUGCUUGAAACAGUUCGGAAAAUAUAUUUAUUUUUGUAAAUAUUUUCCAUCAAAUAUUGAACCAUUUUAAAGCUCUAGAGCUUUAUAAGUAAAUAUAAGUGAAUCUUUAUUUUUAGCUAUGAACAUUAUAUUUCCCAUUUCUUAACAUAGUUCACUUUGUUCUGUUUUUUUUCUUGUUUUCUUCACUUGUAUAAAUAUAUUCUUUGAGGAAAAUAUGUUGGAACACUUUAGAAGAAUACAGAAGUUACAACUCUACAAAUACAAAUUCGAUUCAAGUUCUGAACUGCUUUGUUAAACCAGUAGUAAUCUCAAUGAAGGUAGCUUUACACAUGCACAUAUACUGUAAUUAAAGUUACAUUUUAUUUGCACAUGUAUUUAGAAGAAUCUCACGAUCAGCCAUAGUUGAAUAAAAAUGAUGCAAAAAUAGCCUUUAUUAAUAUUUUUAAAGUAACUUCCCAAAAAGAAUACGUAGAACAGUACAGAAUUUUCAACAAAAAUAAAAAAUAUAUACUUCUCUGCUUGAAUGACUACAAAGCGUAAGUAAGAUCUUCAACAUUUAAAAAUUCACAAAUAUUUACUGCAUAAAUUUAAAAGCAAAAUAUACAAUUAAAUCUCUACAUGUUUUAGUGGAAUUUUUUCAACUGAAACGUAGUUUUAAUUAUAUAUCUUGCUUUUAAAUUUAUGCAGUAAAUGUUUGUGCAUUUUUAAAAACAUGUUUUGAAAUAUAUAUAACGGCAAGAAAAGUAAUACUUUAAGUUCAGUUCAGUACACAAUUUUCUUUGUUGUAUACUACUGUAGUAUAAGUUGUGGAAGGUUUUUUUUUCAGAUUCUAUCUUUUGACUAGAUGUGCAACUCACUUCAAACUGUGUUUAUUGUUAAAUACCCAAAUUUUUACAUACACCAUCCUUAUGUAAGCUCAAAGAACAGUUAGACAGUGAACUAAAAAAAUAAUAAAUCACUGAUACAAAAGGCUUUAUUUACAAUAGAAACAAAACUAAUUAAACUUCUGUGUAUGUAUAUAUAAAGUGUUUGAUGUUUUAGUGAAAAAUUAUACAUAAAAACUACACUUAUAUGAUUAUCCAUAUUUGCAUGAUAAUAGUUUAUCAAGUUAUCAGCAGAAAUUGAAAUAUGGGCACCAAAAUAGAAAGGAACCCUUAAUAAUAAGUUGGCAUUCAACAAUUUAUAAGCAUAAUGAAAUGAUUGAUUUUGACAGAACAUUGGUUUGUCUUCUUCAGGUUAUGAUACCCGAACUAAAAAUGCCAUAAGUUUAAUGGGAUUGAAAUAUACCGUGUUUGACAUUUAGAGUUACAAUUAAUUAUAAAUUCUCGACCCAUUGCACGUGUUUCAGUAUGCUGCAGAAUAAUAAAUAUUGCAGUUGCUGUUUUAAUACCAUUGUUAUUGCAUUGUUUUAAUCCACUUGUGUAGUUUUACAACUUGUUACAGUUUUAACGUUUUGGAAAAAACAAAAAUUACACAAACUAAAGUCCUUUAUGGGGAGCAGUGACUUAUGUGAUUAAGUCCAGUAACUUCAGAUUCAACUCUUGCUAAGGAAACAAGUGGAGUGAAAUUGUUAAUCUACAUUUAGUUUCA